UUCCAUGUACUAGGCAGAGUUCCUGAUUGAUUGUUGAUUAAUUAAUAAGAUUGAAUAAGGAAAACAAUCCAUGGAAAUCGUUCAGUUUAGGGAAAAAUAUAUUUUUAUUAGACCAAUAAAGUACAAAUAUUAGCUCCUCCCCGUCCUGUAGUGAUCUAGCAAGAAAUCUAGAAACUCGGAGAGGUUGAAAGAAGGUUGAGUUUCGUGUUUAUCUGUCAUUGUGACAAAAAGGUGGUGGAAGUGUGAAAAAUUAGUCGCGUUGAGUAAAGCCCCGUUUAUCGCGAUGGGCGAGCUUUUGAACGGCGGAUCACUGCGUGAGAGGGAGCUUUUUUGAAAGGCGGCCCGGCCCCCGGACUCAGCGGAAACACACGUGCCGCUCGCCCCGUUUUUACAGGCAGAUUCGCCAAAACGGCCAACAUAUGGAAGUUGCCAAGUCGUUGUUUUCCUCCAGGCCCCACGACGGCUACACCGGCAGGGAAAACCACAACGAACAAGUCACUACAGUAUACUCUGAUGAUGAAGAAUCAGAGCAGAGUCCUGAGCCUUUCCAGGAAAGGGUGGAUGCGACUCCAGAAGGGCCGUUUUCAGCACUCACACCAUCAAUGCGACCUCAGGAGAUCCUCGCUCAGAUUCGCAAAGCGCAAGAGAACACCGAUGACUCCAAUUUGGAAUCGGAAUACCGAUUUGACGAAUUUGGAUUCAGGAUAGAAGAUGAAAAAACAGAAAAGAACUCAAACGAAGUGGUUUCAGCCCCUUUAGCUGAAGAUGCCAAAGAAAGGUUAAAAUGGCUAGCUCAUUUAGAGUUCAGCCAUAACAACGACUCAAAAGAUUUAUCAUGGGAGAGGGUCGAGCUGAGGCUACCAAAGACAGACAAAUUAAGAGAGAUGGUAAGAGAAGGGAUUCCGCACUCGCUCCGGCCACAGCUCUGGAUGCGGUUUUCAGGCGGGCUUGCCAAGAAAAUGAACUCAGACGUCAGCUACAGGGACAUAGUCAAGGAGUCUUCAAACGAAGACUUAGCCUCGAGCAAACAGAUUGAAAAAGAUCUCCUGAGAACACUUCCGGGUAAUGCUUGUUUCAGUAGUUUGACAUCGACUGGCAUCCCUCGGUUACGGCGAAUCCUCCGGGGAAUUGCUUGGCUCUAUCCUGACAUCGGGUAUUGUCAGGGAAUGGGUAUGGUAGCGGCCUCCCUCCUCCUCUUUCUAGAAGAAGACGAUUGUUUUUGGAUGAUGUGCACAAUUGUCGAGGACCUUUUGCCAGCAUCAUAUUACACGACAACUUUAAUGGGAGUUUUAGCAGAUCAGAGAGUUUUGAGGACUUUGAUCUGCAGUUAUUUACCAUCAGUGGAUGUCACCUUGCGCCAGCACGACAUCGAGCUUUCUCUCAUAACUGUGCACUGGUUCCUCACCAUUUUUGCCUCUGUUGUGAACACCAAAAUCCAGCUGAGAAUUUGGGAUAUCUUCUUCUUUGACGGCUCCAUCAUAUUGUUUCAGAUAACACUUGGGAUGUUGAAAAUCAAAGAACCGACGUUAAAAGAGCUUGAGAACUCAGCGCAAAUAUUCAACUGCCUGGCUAGCAUCCCUGGGGAGAUCGAUGAUGUUGAACAGUUGCUACAGGUUUCACUAGAAGUAGGAAGCACUCUGACAGACAUGAUAAUCGAUACACAGAGGAGACGACACCUUGCCUACCUCAUGACAGACCAAGGCGCUCUCGUCGGCAACCCCGAAUGCGCUCCAAAUCUCCCUAAACAGCACCUGACCAGGAGGCAAUUAAAAAAAUCAAAAUCGGUGAUACAGCUUAUACUUUUUGGUGACGAAGAAAGUGGAGAGGAUGUAAAAUCAAAAAACAUUAGGCAAACAGAGAUUCUCGUUGACUUGCGAGAGUCGAUAUUGCAGGUGGCGAGGCAUUUUUUCACGAUGGAACCAAAACUUAACAAAGAGGGAUGCCUUAUCGCCGACUACAGCCUCGAGAGUCAUUCUUUAGACCACGAACACUAUCUCAAUGUGUCUAGGAAUAGGUUAAGGCGAGCGAAAGCUAUGUUAGAUUUUAAAAGAGGGGACGAUGAUGAAUUGGGCUUUCGUAAAAACGACAUAAUCACUAUUAUUAGUCAAAACGACGAAGACUGUUGGGUCGGAGAACUCAACGGGCUUAGAGGCUGGUUUCCGGCGAAAUUUGUACAAGUUUUGGACGAAAGGAGCAAACAGUACACAUUUGCCGGUGACGAUUCGGUUAGCGAAACUAUAACGGAUUUGGUGAGAGGCACACUCUGUCCUGCCAUUAAACAAGUUUUCGAGCAUGGUAUGAAGAGGCCGAAUUUUCUCGGUGGCCCUUGUCACCCGUGGCUUUUUAUUGAAGAGGCUGCAACCCGUGAGGUUGAAAAAGAUUUUAACUCGGUGUACAGCCGGCUGGUACUUUGCAAAACAUACCGACUAGAUGAAGAUGGGAAAGUGCUCACGCCUGAAGAGCUUCUUUACAGGUGCAUUCAAGCAGUCAAUUUAAGUCAUGACAACGCCCAUGCUCAAAUGGACGUGAAACUGAGAAGCCUCGUCUGUCUCGGCUUGAACGAGCAAGUCCUGCACCUUUGGCUCGAAGUGCUUUGCUCAAGUCUUGAUGUCGUUCAGAAAUGGUACCAACCUUGGAGUUUUAUGAGUAGCCCUGGAUGGGUGCAGGUUAAGUGUGAAUUGAGGAUCCUUUCACAGUUUGCCUUCAACCUCAAUCCAGACUGGGAGUUGCCAGCCAAACGAGGUCCACUGCAACCUCUCAAGGAUGGCGUACGAGAUAUGCUCGUCAAACACCAUCUCUUCAGCUGGGAUCUGUAAACUUUGAAAUCAAACUUGGCGUCCACAUUGACUGAAUAAAAAAAUUUAAAAAUCAGGA